AUGCCUCCUCGUACGUCGGCUCGUAGGAAGGCGCAAGCUGUCGUCGAGACCAAGGUCGAAGAGAAGACCACCACCAAGGCGAACGGAUCCAAGAGCGCGACUACUACUGCCGCCAAGACCAAGACCACUGCAGCCCCGAAGGCCGCCCCAAAGCGCAAGGUUGAGUCGGAAGACGAGCACGAGGAGUGUGGCAGCUGUGCUGAGGAAGAGGAGAAGCCCGCAAAGAAGAGGAAGACCGCCGCCAAGGGCAAGGCAAAGAAGGAAGACGACAUGCCUCUCGCGGAAAGAACAGCCGUUUCUUCGUUGAAGAAGGCGAUGUACAUCGGUGCUCAUGUGAGCGCUGCAGGAGGUACGGACAGCCCUCGGCUCUCCUAUGACGAUCCUGUUUUACUGACGGUCUUCUUCGCAGGUGUGGAUAACUCGAUUCAGAAUGCCGUCAACAUCGGCGCCAACGCCUUCGCUCUCUUCCUCAAGUCUCAACGCAAAUGGGAGAGCCCGCCUCUCGCGGCCGACGCCAAGAAGAAGUUCCUCGAGCAGGCAAAGGCAAGCGACUACGACGCCGGCGCCCAUGUCCUCCCACACGGAUCAUACCUCGUCAACCUCGCGCAAGCGGACGCCGCUAAAGCGAAGCAGGCGUAUACCAGUUUCAUAGACGACCUUCAACGCUGCGAGCAGCUGGGGAUCAAGCUUUACAACUUCCACCCGGGCAAUACUGGAGGCGAGGCGAGAGAGGAGGCGUGCGGGCGGAUUGCGGCGCAGUUGAACGCGGCGCAUAAGGCGACGAAGAGUGUUGUCACUGUGCUGGAGAACAUGGCAGGCGCGGGCAAUGUCAUCGGCACCAAGUUUGAGGAUUUGAAGGAGAUUAUCGACAAGGUUGAGGAUAAGAAGAGGGUGGGCGUGUGCAUUGAUACGUGCCAUGCCUUUGCGGCGGGCUAUGAUUUGCGGACGCCUGAGGUGUUUGGGGAGACUAUGAAGGAGUUUGACGAGGUUGUGGGUAACAAGUAUCUCAAGGCCUUCCACCUCAACGACAGCAAGGCACCAUUUGCUUCGCAUCGCGAUCUCCACGCCAACAUCGGCACCGGCUUCCUCGGUCUGCGGGCCUUCCACACACUGGUCAAUAACGAGGCCUUCAAAGACAUGCCAAUGGUCCUCGAGACGCCCAUCGACCGUAAGGACGAGAAUGGCAAGAGUGUCGAGGAUAAGAAGGUGUGGGCUGAUGAGAUCAAGCUGCUGGAGAGCUUGAUUGGCAUGGACGCGGAGAGCGACGAGUUUAAGGAGCUCGAGGAGAAGUUGCAGAAGCAAGGAGCCAGCGAGAGGAGUAAGAUCCAGGAUCAGGUUGACCGCAAGGCUGCUAAGGAUUCUAAGAAGGGAACGAAGGGCACGAAGAAGGCGCCUGCGAAGGGCAGGAAGAAGAAGGUCGAGAGUGAUGAGGACAGCGAGUGA